AUGACCCCAAAUGAUAUGAUCUCUAAUCAAGAAACUUUGCCCUGGGUUGUGCAGAAGUUUGGCGGAACCAGCAUAGGGAAAUUUUUAGACAGCAUCGCGGGCACAAUCGUAAAAUCCCACUUGGAAAAAUGCCAAGUUGCACUUGUUUGUUCUGCUCGAAGCGGUGAUACAAAAUCAAAAGGAACAACUAAUAAGUUACUUAAAGCGUCUGAAGAAGCAUUAACGCCAGGUUCAAAAGAAUACCUUAAAAUAGUUGAUGAAAUUGCGCAAGAACAUAUCAAUGCGUCGAGGGAAUUGAUCAGCAAUUCAGAAAUUCUCAAUGAAUUAGAAAAGCAAUUACUGCGUGAUUGUUCAAAGUUGAAAAGCUUUUUGGAAGCGGCCCAAAUCAUUGAAGAGAUAUCCCCUCGUUCAAAAGAUAUCAUCAUUAGUGUUGGUGAAAAGUUAUCUUGUCGCAUUGUCGCAUCAGUAUUAAGGGACAAGGGAGUUAAUGCCGAAUUCAUAAAUCUCAGUAACGUCAUUGAACAAGAAUUCGAUGCAAACUGUCUUGAUCAAAAGUUUUAUGACUAUUUGGCUCAAAGAAUUGCGGAAACCGUUAAAAAAUGUGGUAAUCGUAUACCAGUCAUUACAGGAUUUUUUGGGACUGUACCUGGCAGCCUUCUAAAUAAUAUUGGCCGUGGUUACACGGAUUUAUGUGCCGCACUUCUUGCUGUUGGAAUUGGUGCCAAGGAACUUCAAAUUUGGAAAGAAGUCGAUGGUAUCUUUACUGCUGAUCCUCGUAAAGUGAAACAUGCACGACUUCUUCCCAUCAUUACUCCUGAAGAAGCAGCUGAGUUAACUUAUUAUGGUUCCGAGGUUAUACAUCCGUUUACCAUGGAACAAGUCAUGCGUUUUAAUAUUCCAAUUCGGAUGAAGAAUGUUAUGAAUCCAUUAGGAAAAGGAACUGUCAUCUCUCCCGAUACUUCUUUCAAAAAUGGUUCAUUAACACGCCUUAAUUUUUCUGAGCUUCUACAUCAAAAUGGUUAUCAUCGAGAUAUGUCAAGGAAACAUCCUACAGCUGUUACUAUUAAGAAUAACAUUAUUGUCCUUAACAUUCACUCUAAUAGAAAAACUAUGAGUCACGGAUUUUUCAAACAAAUAUUUGCGGCGCUAGAUGAUUAUGGGAUUGUAGUUGAUUUGAUUUCAACAAGUGAGGUUCAUGUUUCUAUGGCUCUCGGUGCUGAGAUCGUAGAGCGUGACUUGCAGAGAGCAUUGGAUGAUUUAAGAAAAUUAGGCGAGGUUGAUGUGAUUGAAAAUAUGGCAAUUCUGAGUUUAGUUGGAAAGCAAAUGAAAAAUAUGGUAGGUAUUGCGGGCAAGAUGUUUACCACACUGGCUGAAGCAAAUGUGAACAUUGAGAUGAUAUCGCAAGGUGCAUCAGAAAUUAACAUUUCUUGUGUUGUUGAUGAGUUUAAUGCGGAAAAGGCGUUAAAU